AGGACGAUUCAAAUUCAAAAAGUUGAGAAGUGCGCUCAAAACGACAGAGUACAGACCAGUCUCUGGAGUUUUUCUCACAAAUUGAGCACACUCUCAACAAUCACAGUGAAGAACCCUAACCAUAAUCAAACGAGUAAUCUAUCCUCUUUUCUACAAAAAUGGUGACUUCUACAAUCAGUUAUGAAGAACAGAGAAAGCAGAGAUUAGAAGAAAACAAGAAAAGAAUGGAACAACUCAAUCUCCAUAAGCUUUCUCAAGCUCUCAAACCUACUCCCAAAAUUAAUGUUAAUCCUUCUCCUGUAAAGAAGCUUAAAUCUAGAGCGGUUGGUUUUUCUGUUUCCACUCCUACUCGACGAUCGUCAAGAACCGCUGACAAACCUCCUCCCAACUACAAAGAGUAUGGACUGGAACCUCUAUUGGCUGGUAGAAGGUUUUACAAAAGGAGAGAUUUGUUGAAUAGAGUGUAUGCAAAUGAUGAGGAUAGAGUAAAUGCUAUUGAAAGGGCUGAAAAACUUGAAUCACAUUUGGGUUCUGAAUUUCCCACUUUCAUUAAACCUAUGCUUCAAUCACAUGUUACUGGAGGUUUUUGGUUGAGUUUUCCUAAUUCAUUUUGCAAGGCCCACCUUCCAACAACUGAUGAAGAGUUAAUUCUGAUUGAUGAAGAUGGAGAUCAAUGGAAGGCUAAGUAUCUUGCUAGGAAGAAUGGUCUUAGUGGUGGGUGGAGAGGAUUUUCCCUUGACCAUGAGUUAGUUGAUGGGGACGCCCUUAUUUUCCAGCUCAUUAAAGAAGAUACCUUAAAGGUCUACAUUAUUCGUGUAAAUUCCUCUGAUGAAGAUGGAGAGCGUAAAGGUGACGAAAAUUGAGCUUUUGUAAGUGGGGAAAUAGAGACAGCAGAACAAAGGCAUAAAUUAGAGUGCUGAUGAAAUGAUGAUGGAUUGAGGCAGUGUCCAAUUCCAAGGUUGCUUUGAAAUCUAUUAUGCAACUAAAGUGUAUCGAUCUUUCCAUUUUGGUUUUGCGAAGACUUGAUUAUGUAAUACUUUCGAUCUGAAAUGCUCGUAAUUGAUUGUGACAUAGAUGAAAAAAAUGUUAUUAUCAGUUGCUAGUAUAAUGAAAUGAAGAAAGUAGUCGGCUCGAUAAGAUAGAUAGAUGCUUCGACAUGUACAGAUAUCCUAAUGGCAAUUUGCAAGUAGAUUACGUUAUGGGUAUGUUUUUU